GACAUUACAAAAUUAAUAAAAUGGGACAUAGCUAGAAAUACUUUUUUAUUUAAAUACCUUUUAUUGUUUUUAAAUUAAUUAAAUUAAUGAUGUUAAACCCUAACAUAUGUUUACCGAACGAACAGAGAUAUACCUACCGAACUAGUGGUUAGUGGUUAGUUACAUAAAUAUAUUUAUUUGCCGAAUGAAUCUGGUAAGAAAAUGAAUCAGGGAUGUCAGAAAGCUAACAAAAACGAUGAAGGUUUAUAACAAGUGUGAAAAUGUGGUCUCAAUCUAAAAAGCACAACCUCAACCCUGAAUUAUGGACAGAGAGGUAUAAAGAGAAAAGAACCACUGGUUGCAAAGCCAUUUACUUAGAUUUAGAAGAAGAUAAAACUGAAGAUAUUGGUAGAGAAUAUUCAAAAUGGUCAGAAUUGCCUGAUUUGCUUUUAGAAAAAAUAUUCUCUUAUCUAGGAAUUCGAGAAAAAUAUUACGCAAGUUUAGUUUGUAAAAGUUGGUAUAGAGCUUUUCACUUACCCUAUGUUUGGAGUCGUUUUGUAUUAGAAGACACAAGUUUAACUAGGAGCAGGUUUAAUUAUUAUAGUGGUUGGCAGUAUGUAUUGGACCAUGUUCGAUGUCAAAGCUGUUUAUCAGUGUAUGGAAAACAUUUUAAACAUUUAACAGUAAUGCCGAUGUUAAACUUUUAUAACCUUUACGAGUUCAUGAACAUGGUGUCAUGGUAUGCCGAACAGCGAGAAUCUAAGGAAAAUGUAGAACUAGGAAUAGGAAGUAACAUUAGAUAUUUCAAAUUCACGUUUCCUUGCAACAUGACAACAAGAGAUGAUUCAGAAAGAAUUAGACUAUUUGGAACUGGCGGUAAAUUACUUCAAUCUAUCAAAAGAUUAAUGGGUAACUUGAAAAAAUUGGAAAACCUGCAAUUGAUAGACUUAAUGCUUGAUCCCAAAGAAGCUCAAUAUCUUUUGGACGAAGUAUGUGAAUCCCAAUACAUGACAUUGAAAUAUCUUUAUCUAAUUAACACUACAAAAGUGCAGUAUGAAUUACUGCAUGUUGGAGUUUUUUUAAAUUUAAAGGAACUACACAUAAGUCCUCAAAAUUUAGGUGACGAUUUAGUAGAACUUCUCGGACACACUAAACUGAAGCAUUUACAUAUAGUUCAGAACCGGUAUACUUCGAACGAUGUAGCCAUAUUAGCAGUAUCCCCUUGUACUUGGAAAAAAUGCCGCAAAAACAAUCCUUCGUUAAGUGUGCACCUUCAAGUAGAAAGUCUUAAGGAAAAACCUUUGAUAUGGCAGCAGAACGCUCCAGUCAGAACAAUUCUUUAUGAUUCACCACAUAUUGGACUACGGACGGACGCAAUUGUAACAGCUAUUGACUUUUAUAAAUUUGAUCUAAGAAUUUAUGGUCACAAAAACAUACCCAGAUUCCAUAUGCCAAAAUCGUUCUGUGAUAGGAUGGAUGAAAAUUUACUGAUGCUUGUGCGUCAGUGUACCUAUUUGUCCACACUAAUAAUAACAGAAAAAAUAUCGACAACAACGGUUCUACUUAUUGCCUUUUUUGGCAAAAAUUUAAAGUGGCUGUUUAUAAGAGGAAAUGCUGUGAUAAUCAAAACUGACUGGAAGCAACAGCCAGAAUGGACAGACGAAUUUUAUAGUUGGUUGAAAACUAACAGUCGAUCUUAUUCAUCAGUAGAAAAAGAAGUGUCCCAAAUUCUUGGCUAUAAAUGGAAAUUUUUGCCUGAUAAAGGAUUUAGAAGGUUGGACAUUAAUUUACAUGAUUAUUGAUAUUUUUUUAAAAAGUAAAGCACAAGGGAAUCAGUGAUGGAAUAUCAGGAAGUUUAGGGUCAUGGAAAUGUAAAUUUUAAUUAUGUGUAAUUUAAAUGUUGGACAUAUUAUUUAUAUGUAUUAUUUCUCUGCUAAAUAAUCUAAAAGUUUAAUGUAUAAAAGGUAAAUAGGAAUUUUUGAUUCUUAUAAAAUAUUGUAGAAUAUCAAUAUUACAGAUAGACAAUAUUUUAAAAUAAAUUGGCAUUCUCGAUUCAAACCCUGUCGAGAAAAGUAGUGUUCCAAAUGUAGGUUUCGUUUUACUGUGUGUCAUGUGCUAGUAAAAGUUUGGAAGAAAUUUGACGAGAGAAUUAUUGUCCUAUGGCUAUUUAAAACCCUUGUUUAUUCGCAUCAAAUUAGCAUUAGCAAUUUAAACCAUAGCGAACUAAGUGACAGAUGUAAAGGCAAACAGUGACAUAACGAUGGUCUCAAAUCAAUACCUCGUGAGUCCGAAAUUUUGAAUUUUAAUUUUUUCCCAUCUAUACAAAUUAAUUUAGAACAAAAUUUUAAAAAUAACAAAAUAACCACGUUCAUAGGUAAUUCAUAUAUUUAUUUACAUGUCAAUAUUAUUUAUUAAAUAAUAAAUUGGCUUUAUUAAGCAAUCAAGAAAGUGUAAUGUUCCUCCUGUAAAAUGUUUAAUUUGGAAAUACGAGGUAUUGAUUUGAGAUUGUCGAUAAGCUUAAAAUAAAUUCUUUAACGCGCCAUCAAGAUGGACAUUACCACUCUAGUUGCACCUACGUAUGAAUUAUUAUGAAUCCCUUAAUAAUAACGUCGUUGUUAAUGACGACAAAAGAAAUAACUUUUAAUAAUAAAAGGGCAAUCAAAAUUGUUCCCCUUUUAUAAUUAUUUAAAACAAAAUUUACUUAUGUACAAAUUGUUAAGUAUAUAGUGUGUUUCUACACAUCUAAAACCAAUAGGUAUCGGGUUCCGAGCCAGUUAAAUUUUUUAAAAAAUAAGGUGUGUAUGAGAUGGAUGAGUGAACUCAAAUUAACCCCUUGUCAAACCAUGUCCAAAUACCCAACUCUAAGGUUAAUUUUUUAAAUGACACCCAAUGUUUUUUUUGUAAUUUGAUAGUUUUCACCCUCAUUUCAGCAAUAUAUUAUUAUAGUUGCUUUUUUAGGCUUUAAUGGCAUAAAAAUAAACCUACUUAUUUGAUUAUAUCGUCGUCAAUAUCAUGAAGUGACGUAACUCGAUUUUCACUUUACAAGAGAGCAUUUUCAAGUUUUUUUUUAUAAUGACUUGAGUUACGCAAUUUCGUUAAAUUGUAGAGCAUACCUUUUUACAUAAUAUGUGACUUAUCUCAAUUUUUCGAGUUACGUCACUUCGUGAUAUUGACGACGAUAUGUAUAUAAAAUGCCGAAACCAUGAAUGUGCUGUUACGCUUAAAAUGUUCUCUAGUAUUAUUUUUUUCUUUGCAAAAGCACGAAUAUAUUAAAAUUGCCACAAUGAUUUAUUAUACAUUUUAAAUAUCGUCAAUCUGCAACAGUAGUAUCGCUCAAUAUUUUCCCGAAAAGGUGUCUUUAUGUAUUAUCAUUGUAGUAUUACGAAACGAGCCGCUGCGUGACAGGGGACUUGACGAAAAUUGGAUUGAAAUAUUAUUGAUUUAGGUAUAUAAAUAGGGGACUAACUACAAAUAAAACACUGAUGAUUUUAUGUAGUACAGGUUUGUUCGUCACAAGGGAGUACUAGUUGUAUAAACACAGCUGAAACAAAUAUAAUACACAAAAAUUUCAAACAAUAGAAACGGAGAUUUUCGGAGAACAAUAAAAAUAUAAAUAAGCAUUUCUGUACAUACCUGUCUAUACUCACUGUUACGGUUUAGAUUUCCAGAGGCUUAAAUUAGCCAUAUUUUAUAUAUAAAUAUAUAAUUUUAUAAAAUUACAGUAAUAGCUAUCAGUUUUAAUAGUCAUAAUAAAUAUUAAAUCGAAAUACUCACUUAGCUUUUUUUAAAUAAGUCUAGCAACGAAAUCUUGACCAACUAUUUGUUCGGUAUUAAAAAUGAAUCUCUCUAUUAAAAAUCAGCUAGAAAAUACUAAAAACUUCCAUGCUUUUACCCCUUUCUAGCUAUCUAGGAAAUUAUUCUAGAAAAGCAGCGAACACUUGUUACAUGCACAUGUAGCGAUAUAAGAUUGAAAACUGGUUAUGUUCUUCAGCUCUGGCGGGUUACAUAAGCCUUUUCCCUUACUCUGUCCUAUAUGGACGAGGCUUCGUUGAAAAUACACAUGUCUCGCGACUAAAUGACUGAAAACCGUUCCAUAAAAUAACGAACUCAAUAGAAACUAUAAAAUCAAAAAACUAUUUAAAUUAAUUUAAGAAAUAAAUAAAAUAAACCGGAAGUGUAGGUAGAACUCUGGUAUUUUACCCAUUUGAAAUCGGGUGGUCUUGGCGUGUUGAAUUUGAAAAAUAAAAAACUUAACUUUUGAAACAACAGAGGUAUUCCAGUUGACACGAAAAACUGACUUGCAAACAGAUAUACAGUAUGUUAGAUCUGUCAUCUCGACUCCAGAAGAACGGUAAUAAAACACAAUCCUAUUGAAUAGAGAGAAACAGACGAGCGGACCGCAACAUACAUGUAUUAUUAUUGCCAUCGAAAGGGCGUGGUUAAACCAUACAAUCUCUUUAUAUUUCUCACGUCCAACUGCCAUAUAAAAUAAUACAUUUUUUGCUUUCAUAGUGACAUCUACUUCCUUAUAAGUUUUAAGUCUCAUUUUUUCAAAACAAACUCUUGUCACUUUCGUGGUUUUGGCAUUUUAGGGACGAUUAGAUAACAAUAGAAUUUAGUUCAUUUGCUUCUAGGAGGUUGUUGCCAAACCACCCCCUUACAUUCUUGGCCCAUUUUUUUAUGAAAAUUUGAUGAAAUUUGAUAAACAUUUUGGGAAAACAAUGGGUUGAUGCAAACAAAACCCCUAGAUAUAUAUGAAUUAAAUUUGGUUGUUAUCUAAUGAAAUAAAUGUAGGCUUUUUAAUGUUGUCUAGGGUAUCUUCGUGAACAGUAUAAAGACACUUUGAGAUCGACACACUUUUAUUAAAUCAAAUACACACAGUCUCCGUGACAAGGUGCUCGCACUUGGUACAUACGUUGAUACGGUGAUCUUUAUAAGAAUAGAAAAAUGGUUUUAGUACGUUGGGUAGGUAUAUAAUCGUCGUAUAUACUUCACGUCCUUCGUCUUUUUCGGCUUUUUACAAUUUCGUCGUAUUAUCGUCGUUCGUCUUUUACACCUUUACCCUACGUAACCUACUGACCUACUUAGGGUUCUCGGCACUCCCCUCCCCUAGCGGGAUCUAUCCGAACACGCGAUCUCGAUCAUUCUGGAAUCGAUUGAACUUUCUGGAAAUGAUUGACACCAGCGGCGUAUCGAUCUCGUUUUUUAAAGAAUAAAAAUAAUGUUAAAUAGUAAGACAACUUAAAUUAAAUGUGUUAGAAUAAUUUUCCCUACAUAAAUCAUAAAUAUGUUAUCCCAGUCUAUUUUUUUUUAUUAAAUCCAAAAAAGAGCAAAUAUAUAUCACUGAAACGAGGGAAAAAUCUUUAUCAUAUUAACAACAGUAUACAUGGGGUACAAUUUGAAAAAUUAAUGUUAGUGGUGGUUUCUAUAAGAUGAUUUGACAAGGGGUUGAUUUGAGCUCGCCCUAUAAGACUUUUUAUCCCAUAUAAACCAUUAUUUUUUUAUUUUAUCUUUUGAUAUUAGAUAUUAAGCUAGUCAAAAACCUAUGGGAUGCCCGGUAUACUAAUUUUCUAAUGUGUUAUAUAUACCUAUGUGAUAAUAUAACUGAUACUUUUAUUUUUGUUAUGAUAUUAUGGUUAUGUUACAAACGGUUAAGCCGUUUCAUAUGUGUGAGAAUUUGAUUUUUAUUUAAAAGUUUCUAUCAAUGUAUUUAGUUGUAGUCUUUAUUUCUAUUUUUAAUAAAGAAAGCUUAGGAAG